UUUCUUUCUCAUAUAUUUCUUGGACCAAGUGCUGGGUUCAAAAUCUGAUGCCCUUAAAACACCUCCGAUUUGGAAGAGGAUCACUCUCGGCUGACUGAUGGUUGUGUUCCUCUUUUCCAUGGCCAGCCCCUAAGGUGAAGAACGCAGAACUUCAACCUGACUGCAAGUGUUUCAGGGAGCAGACGCUCAUCAACAGCCAUGGCUAGUAAGAGGAAGUCGACCAUUCCUUGCAUGAUUCCUGUCAAGACCAUGCAUCUGCGGGAUGAUCUUGAACAGGACAGCCUGUCCUCCUCCUCUACCAAGGAGAGUGGAUCUGGAAAGGGCGUUGUAGGUUUAGGGGAGUGUUCUAGGCAUGAUGCAAGUGAUUCUCAUAAAGAUGGAGGCACUUAUACUUGCAGGCCUUGUAAUUUUGAAACUCAAGAUCUGAACCUGUUCCUAGACCAUGUCUACAGUGGGCAUCCGGAAUUUCGCUCAGAUCCUAGCUUUCAUUGUGUUGACUGUGGCGUAAGUGCGGCCAAGUUCGAGGGGCUUGCCCUGCACAAUGCCCGUGUCCACCCCAGCACUGUUACAACCACAUUGCAACUGAAGAAGAGGGACAGAAAGGUCACGGUGGAGCAAAGCCUGAUUAUGGGUCCUGGGGAAAGCUCCAGCUCCAAGGAGUCAGAGAUUUCCAUCACCAAGACUCCUAUCAUGAAAAUGCUCAAGGGCAAGUCAGAACCCAAAAGGAUUGUAGUUUCCCAUCCUCCCACUGAGGAGGCAAGACUGGACCCUGCCCCUGGCAGCAAGCAAGUGGAGAAAAAAGACCCUCCUGCAGUGACAGUUACGCAUGUGCCUACUAUUGUACAUAAUGGGGCAGCAAGCAAAGUCACUCUUCCAUCUGCUAUACAGAUAGUCAAUGGUUCUGGAGCUUUGCCCAUGCUGAAGACAGCCAUCACUCAAGUGGUCUCUGUUGUUCAAAACAGGAGUAUCCACCAGCAGACUGCCCCAAUCCCAGUCUCCUCUUCCCCUUCCUCUUCAUCCUCAUCCUGCUCGUCAUCCAGCUCUAAGAACCUACCCAAGGUUAUGAUUCCUCUUAGCAGCAUCCCCACCUACAAUGCAUCCAUGGACAACAGCAGCUUCCUGAAAACCUCCUUCAGUAAGUUUCCAUACCCUACCAAAGCUGAGCUCUGCUAUCUGACAGUGGUCACCAAGUAUCCAGAGGAGCAGAUUAAAAUUUGGUUCACAGCACAGAGGCUUAAGCAGGGCAUCAGCUGGUCGCCAGAGGAAAUUGAGGAUGCUCGUAGAAAGAUGUUCAACACAAUUAUUCAAACAGCGCCACCUGCUGGUCAGCAGCAACAGCAACGUCCGACCCACCACAGCACCCCUCAGCAAACCAUCACAGUUCUGCCAGCCUCCCUUGGCCACACUGGCAUCCCCCACAUCCUGCAAGGAAGCCUAGUUGGACAAGGAGGGGUUAUUGUCACCCAGCCCAUGAUGGCUAAUGGAAUACAGGUCAGCAGUGCUCCUGUGGCCCUAGCUGUGACACCCAAGCCACAAGCAGUAGCUAAACCCAUGAUGCAGGCCAGGCCAGCUGCUGCCUUAGUUGCAGAUAAAGGGAUCAGCAUGGUCGUGGGCACAGUGGGGAGCAGCAGCAGUGGAAACUACACCAUCAGCAAUAGCAGCAGUGGAAGCAGUAACAGCAGCAGUAGCAGCAGUACAAACAGUAUUAUUAGUAGUCAUAGCACAAACAGCAAUAGCAGUGUGAGUAGCAUCAGCAGUCAUACUAGUGUGAUUAGCAUGAGUGGAAGCAACAAUGGCAAAAUCAACAGCAGCAGCACCACCAACACCACCAACAACAGUAGUAAAAUCAGUAAUUCUAGCACUGCUAAAAGCAGUGCACCAAGCAACAGUAAUGCUAAAACAACUUCUGACAGCAGGAGCAGCAACAACACUAUCAAAAAUAACAGUGAAAAUAAAGGCACAACUGAUAUCAAGGAGGACAGUGAUAUUAACAUGAUUGACGAAACCAAGAGCAGCAAAAAUGAAUCCAGCACUACAACCAGCACCACCACUGCUACCACUACGUCUACUACUACAACUACCACAGAUUGCACCAGCACUCGUAAAACUGAUUCCUCAUCACCAGCCCCAGCCGGUACAUCCCACAGCUCUCGCACCCUCCCCAGCAACAGCUUCUUGGAUCCCAGCUUUUAUAAGAACAAGAAAUCUCAAGAGCAGCUGGCUGCCUUGAAGCAGAGCUUUCUCACUUGUCAGUUUCCCAACCAAGAGGAGGUCAACCGCUUGACAAGUCUUACCGGUCUGUCUGUGCGUGAAGUACGCAAGUGGUUUAGUGACCGUCGUUACCAUUUCCGCAACCUUAAGGGCUCACGGUCUAGCUCUGGAGGUCAGUGUUCAGCAGCCACUGCAACCACCUCCACCACUACCACAUCAGCUGCUCCCAUUGACCUCUCAGAUAGCAUGGUAUCCGCAGAGAGCCCGAAAACUUCUCAGAAGGUGCCGCUCAGUCCCUCGCCACAUCAGCAGACAACAUCACCUACCACCCCUUCGCGACGCACAUCUCAUCCACCGUCCCCAACAUCGCCCACCACCCCUGCACGACGUCCACCACGGCCACCUUCCCCUGAUUUCACAGCUAUACGGUACAAAGAGCGGGAGCCCCAUCAAGUCCGGGCUCUUGAAGCUAGCUUUGCCCAGGACCCAGUCCCCUCUAGUGAGGAGGUGGACAGAUUACGGGCCGAGACAAAGAUGACAAGACGCGAAAUACAUGGUUGGUUCUCUGAGCGGCGAAAGAGGGUGGCAGCAGAAAAGAAGAAGGAGGAGGCAGAAAGGGCAGAGAAGGAGGAGGAAGAAGAGGAUGAGAAUGAAAGGGACAAGAGCAACAUCGCAGUUAAGGAGGAGGUAGAUGUGAAAAAUGAUACAGAAGAUCCUGUACCUGAAUCGUCAUCACUGCAGGUCAAAGAUGAGAAACAAAAGGAGGACAUUUCAGGUGCAGAGCCAAAGGUAAACCCUAUUAAGAUCAAUCUAAAGAUGCUCAAAGUAACUGAAUCGAAUGGCAAGCCUGAAAUGGAAGGCAGUCCACCACCUCAGACUGAGCCUCUAAAAGUGCCUCCCUCAGUCUCCCAAAAAACCACACCCGUUCCAUCUCCGUCCCAAAAAGGAAAAAAGACAGCUGAUCAGCUCCAUCUGCUGAAGCAGGUCUUUGCACGAACACAGUGGCCCAGCAGCCCCCAGUACGAUGAACUGAGUGCCAAAACUGGACUUCCUCGACCAGAAGUGGUGCGCUGGUUUGGAGACUGUCGCUAUGUCCUCAAAAAUGGCCUGCUCAAGUGGCUGGAGAGUUACCAGUCCAUGGCAGAUGAGGAGGACUUCCAGAAAGGGAAUACCAGUGUGCUGAAGGAACAUCUGGAUGCUCAUGGAAAAAUGGAUGAGAACCAAGUGACUGAGCUGGCACAGUCAAGUGGUUUAACCGAAGACCUGGUGAGGCGAUGGUUCACUACCAAGGCUCCCGUGCUGUCAGGGGAUGGAAAGAUGGAGAAUGAGGAGGCAAUGGAAAUCAAAGGAUCACCAACAGCAGCCCCAUCCAAAGGAGUGGAUGCCAUGGCAUUAGUGCAGGAGGACCAAGGAGAAGUUAAGGAGGAGCAGAUGGAACAUUUGGUGGACAGUAACGUGUCAAAAGAUCAGCCUUUAAAGAAGACCGCUGAAGUAAUAUCAACAAAUGCUUAUCAAGGAUCUGAUAGUGGAGGAGGAAGAAGGAAGCAUGAGUGAACGAGUGUGUGAUGGAGAGAUGAAGCCUUGUGGGAUGUACAAUACAGGAGGCCUUUUAUGGGAGUUUUUUUGUAAUGACUGAAUCUGAUUGUAAGAGGAGCGCUGAAGAUGGUCUCUAUAACAACCAGGACUCCCAUUUUUUUAUACGUCAGUUAUGAGAACCAACAUCUCUUCCUUGGGAGGUCACUUUGUUUACUCCCCCCGCCUCCUUUGCACCCCUCUACCAGCCUGCUGUUUGGAGAGGAGGAGAUGGCAUUGUGGAGAGAAACAAGUUUUCGCUGGAGGAAACACCCCAGUGAGAAUGGUGGGAGGCAAAUUAGUUUUUAGGAAAACACUUGGACUGAACAGUUAUUGACAGUUAUGGAUCCUCUGGCGGGAACUGUCGCUGUGUUGAAGCAGAGACUGUUUUUAGGAGACGUAGAUUUGGGGUAUGCAGCUCACAGAGG